AUAUCCGGGUUGUGUCUGCUGCUAAGUGGUGCAGGAACUCUGGAAACUUGCGUCAGCCGGGACAUCCAACAUCCGCUCGGUUCAUGUUUUGGUGGAGAACACAGCAACAUGGACACAACCUGCGAAGAAGUCAACUACGUUAUAUUUAAAUUUGAAAGCAAAGCGCCUAGGUCAUCCUCCUCAAAUGUGAUGUGAGCCGGUGCCCAGUGUUAAUACCUCACUUUUUAAAGCAGUAAAAAAGUGCAAGGCGUUUGGGGACAGAUAUUAUCUGCUGACGGUGGUCGUACACGUGCAAUAGCAGCAGCAGCAGCAGCAGCAGCAACAGGACGGUAUCCAGUUUACAUCAAGGUGUAUCCGUGUGAAUGUCCACGUUGAGCAAAGUGCAAAGUCUCCCCAGUGCUCAGAUAUGAGCUGCGACCACCUCUAACCACUACUGUGCCUCACUUUACCUACGUAGCUAACUUAAAUGUGCCUUUUUACACUUUAUUUUUUUAUAAGCUAGUUUCAUUUUUGCACCGAAAAUGUCCUGCCUGUUGCUCGGAGUCAUACGAAGGCAUGGUGGUGUUGGGGCGAGUGUCGGGGUUCGCUCCCUGGCCUCCAUCCCCUCGCUGCCCCUGGGGGUAGCUGAGUUUGUGAAGGGAGCCGUGGAUGAAUGUAAGCCCUCCAGUGUGCAUGUGGUGACAGGGACGCCAGAGGAAACAGCCAACAUCCUGGCAGGUCUGGAGAUUGACGGGAUGGUCAAGAGACUUCCCAAAUAUGAGAACUGUUGGUUGGCACGUACAGACCCAAAGGACGUGGCUCGGGUGGAAAGCAAGACUGUGAUUGUUACCAAGAGCCAAAGGGACACCAUCCCCAUCCCUGCUGCAGGGGUGAAGAGCCAGCUGGGCAGCUGGAUGAGCGAGUCUGACUGGCAGAAAGCCAGACAGGAGCGUUUCCCUGGCUGCAUGGCAGGUCGGACCAUGUAUGUGAUUCCCUUCAGUAUGGGUCCUGUGGGCUCAACUCUGUCUAAAUACGGUGUCCAGGUGACGGACUCACCCUAUGUUGUGGCCAGUAUGGGGAUCAUGACCCGCAUGGGCACUCCUGUCCUGAAGAAGCUUGCUGAAGGAGAGGAGUUUGUCCGCUGUCAGCACUCUUUGGGGCGGCCUUUACCACUCAAGGCCCCUUUGGUCAACGCAUGGCCCUGUAACCCCGAGAAGGUGCUGAUAUCUCACCUGCCGGACUCCAGGCAGAUCAUGUCCUUCGGCAGUGGCUAUGGAGGAAACUCUCUCCUGGGGAAGAAGUGCUUCGCCCUCCGCAUUGCCUCCCGCAUUGCAAAGGAUGAAGGCUGGUUGGCCGAACACAUGCUGAUCCUGGGCAUUACUAACCCUCAGGGGGUGAAGCGUUACGUAGCGGCGGCCUUCCCCAGUGCCUGUGGUAAAACUAACUUGGCCAUGAUGAAACCGUCUCUGCCCGGUUGGAAGGUUGAGUGUGUGGGUGAUGACAUUGCGUGGAUGAAGUUCGACAGCCAAGGGAAACUGCGAGCCAUCAACCCGGAGAACGGUUUUUUCGGUGUUGCUCCCGGCACCUCAGACAAGACCAACCCCUACGCCAUGGCAACAAUCGGCAAAAAUACUGUGUUCACCAACGUAGGCGAGACAAGCGAUGGAGGAGUGUGGUGGGAGGGCCUCGACCCCCCCGCAGCCGGGGUCACACUCACAGACUGGCACGGCAAAUUCUGGCAGCAAGGAAGCUCGACUCAGUGUGCCCACCCAAAUUCCCGCUUCUGUGCCCCGGCGGCUCAGUGUCCCAUCAUCGACCCCCAGUGGGAGAGUGAGGAGGGGGUUCCCAUUGAUGCCAUUAUCUUCGGUGGCAGGAGGCCAGAGGGAGUCCCACUAGUCUACGAGUCUUUCAACUGGCAACACGGAGUCUUUGUUGGAGCCUCCAUGAGGUCUGAGGCCACGGCAGCUGCAGAGCAUAAAGGCAAGAUGAUUAUGCACGACCCCUUUGCCAUGCGGCCGUUUUUCGGUUACAACUUUGGCGACUACCUCGCUCACUGGCUGAGCAUGGAGAGCCGAAAGGCCCCCACUCAUCUACCCAAGAUCUUCCAUGUCAACUGGUUCAGAAAGGACCCCGCGAGCGGCGCCUUCCUCUGGCCCGGCUUUGGCGAAAACGCCCGCGCACUGGAGUGGAUCUUCAAGCGCUGCGGCCGGGAGAGGGAGGACGAGGCAGCCAAGAAGAGCAUUAUUGGCUGGGUACCAGUAGAUGGCGCCAUCAACACUAAAGGUCUGAGCGGCAAGGUGGAUAUGGGUGCCCUGUUUGAUGUGCCCAAGUCUUUCUGGCAGAAGGAGACGAAGGAGCUGAGAGCCUACUUCACCCAGCAGGUCGGAGCUGAUCUGCCAGCACAGGUGGAGGCUGAGCUGAAGGCGCUGGAGGACAGAGUCCACAAGUAAAACCCUACUGACAGGAAGUGUAUCAGGAAACCGAGAGGUAAUAAGUGAUGUCUCUGGAUUCAGGUCAUUAGGGUGAAAGAGAUAUAAAAAAAAGCUAAUAAUCUACAAUGCAAUAACUUUGGACAUAACUUCACAUUAAUGCUGCAGCUGUGAGGGAAGGCUGCUGGUGGUAGGAGGGAGGUUUGACUCAACAUGAAGGUUAGAGUUCUGUGAUGUUGUCAAACUUGUCAUGUAGAGAAGCUUAUGUCACUACCUCCAUUCACUGACCAGACCUGGCACAACCAACACGGCCUAGUGGCGCCUUUUGACACAUUUGUCUGGUCUGGUGUCUAGGCUGCUAAUGUUUACAUGCUAAAGGCCAAAGAUCUUUUCUGAC